CUUUGACUGUGAAUAUCAUCGGAGGAAGCAACACUGAUAAUCACACCAACCCCAAACAACAAGCAUUCAGGUCAUACACGAUAACAACACUCAUCAAAAAUGGCAUCUGCAGAUUUUGCUCGUUUGAGCAUUUUCGGUACAGUGUUUGAAGUUACGACAAGAUAUGUUGAUCUUCAGCCUGUAGGUAUGGGAGCUUUUGGAUUGGUAUGUUCGGCAAAAGAUCAAUUGACUGGCACAUCAGUCGCAAUCAAAAAGAUUAUGAAGCCUUUCAGUACUCCUGUCUUAUCCAAGAGAACCUAUCGUGAACUCAAAUUGUUGAAGCAUAUUCGACAUGAAAACAUCAUCUCGCUUUCGGAUAUUUUCAUCUCUCCACUGGAAGAUAUUUAUUUUGUCACAGAAUUAUUGGGUACCGAUUUGCAUCGAUUAUUGACAAGCAGACCUUUGGAAAAGCAAUUCAUCCAAUACUUCUUGUACCAAAUACUACGAGGACUCAAAUACGUUCAUUCCGCUGGUGUCGUUCAUCGUGAUUUGAAACCAUCAAAUAUCUUGGUGAAUGAAAACUGCGAUUUGAAAAUUUGCGAUUUCGGUUUGGCACGUAUUCAAGACCCUCAGAUGACAGGAUACGUCAGCACACGGUAUUACCGAGCACCAGAAAUUAUGCUCACAUGGCAAAAGUACGAUGUUGCGGUAGAUGUUUGGAGCGCAGGAUGCAUCUUUGCUGAAAUGCUAGAAGGAAGACCUCUCUUCCCAGGAAAGGAUCACGUUAAUCAAUUCUCCAUUAUCACAGAAUUGCUCGGUACACCUCCAGAUGAGGUUAUACAAACGAUCUGCAGCGAAAAUACUCUACGAUUCGUUCAAUCUUUACCCAAAAGACAACGUGUUCCAUUCUCACAAAAGUUCAAAAAUCAAGAUCCACAAGCAUUGGAUUUACUAGAGAAGAUGCUCGUGUUUGACCCACGAACAAGAAUCACUGCAGCACAGGCGUUAUCUCAUCCAUACCUUGCGCCUUACCACGACCCUACCGAUGAACCUGAAGCUGAAGAAGCAUUCGAUUGGAGUUUCAAUGAUGCCGAUUUGCCUGUUGAUACAUGGAAGGUGAUGAUGUACAGCGAAAUUCUUGAUUUCCAUAACAUCGAUGAUGCUCAAGGACAAAGUGCAGGACCCGUUCCUCCUCAAGCAAACGCAUAGAAAUCUUUCACUUUUGACUAAAAUUUAUCAUUCUUUUCAAGUCUCUUUCCCUACACCAGCAAGUCUCUGUAAUGUAUUCGCCCAACCCUCACCAUGCUCUCUACAUCUCCAGGAAUGUGCAUUUACCUAUUUGACAUGUGCACGUCAACGGUGGUUUGCAGGAUGGAUUUCUCCUAUGCUCAACAGCUCGAACCAAUUCACGCUCGCAUUCGAUCUGUCGGACUCAAUGGACUCGAAGCAAUCUAUCAAGCAUCUCGCUUGCAACUGCACAUCUCUUUUUGGUCUAUUGCACAAUUCCAAAACU